AUGCAACAGAAUCCUGACACACCUUCGACUCCUCACCCUCUCCACAAACAGCAACGCACUUCAUCCUUCCACUCCAUCUUCCCCCUUUCAUCGCUAAAUCCCCUCCGUACCCUCCUAAGCCGCGCCCCAUCCCCCGACCCCUCAAACAGCACGACCUCGGCCCCAACCACCACCCCCCGCAUCCCCCAAAUCCACCCCCACGAAUACCCUACCUACCAAUCUUCCACCCAACUCCUCAAAACCUUCACCUCCUGCUCCAUCGCUCGAUCUCGUUGUCUAGCCGCGCGGAUUCCUCUUGAGUCCAAUUCCAGUUCCAAUAACAACACAGAUACAUACCGCAGUAUCCACUGCGGCGAUCAAACGUGUUGUUUUGCAUCCCCGUAUUCUUUCUAUCGCUCACGAUCAGCAUCCUCUAGGAGUAAACACCGCGCUCAAACUCGUUCCCGCUCGAUUUCAAAUCCUAACCUGCGACUUGCACCUUCCCCACCUUCCUCCCCUCUGCAUCCUUUCCGCAGAUCCCUCACUAUAACCGGGAGUUCCAAACGCGCCACCUCGCUCUUCGAAGGGAGUCCGCCGCCUGCCGCUGAGAAAUCUCUUAGUGGGGGUGCGCCUUUAUAUGAAUAUCCCGAGCCAAUUGGAGCGCGGAGUUCUAGUUGGUUAGGUAUCAAUAUUGAUAAGGAACGGAUGAUGGGAAUGGAGUUGGAGCGAUCGAAGAGUGUGAGUUGGGCUCCGGAGACUGGGGGGUUGGGUACGAGGAAUAGAAUGGCGAGACAAUUUUAUCGACCGAGUGGAUUAUCGAUGUUUUCGUGGACGGCGGAGGAUGCUAAGGGUAGUGAGUUGGUGAUUGGAAGGAAUGGGGGAAAGGGUGCGGGGGAUGAGGGAGAGAGGGAAAUUGCUUAUGAAUGGGAUGGGGCGUUUGGGUGGAUGCAGGCUUGUAGGGAGUGUGGGAGGGAAAGAUGUGUCGAGUGUUCUGGGGUGGUGUUUGAACAGAUUGUUGGGGAGGGAGAGACGGUGACGGGGGUGGAGGCUAUGUAUAGUAUUUGUACGCCAUGUGUUCAUGGGUUUUGUCCUGGGACGAAAAUGUGGUUGAGGGUUAGGUGUCAGAAGUGUGGAGAGGUAGGAUGUGAGGGAUGUGAGGAUAUGAAUGCUAAGAAGGGAUAG